CCCUUCCUGUGUCCCUAGAGUUGAGCAUGCACUUCCUGUCCUGUUAUAAAUGAAAGUCAGAGCUGGGGGUGGCUGUGCAUGCCUGUAUUUGCUCUGCAGAAUGUUGGCUGGCGCUGUCUGCUCCACGAUCAUAGCCAAACAGUGACAGGAAAGCCGGAGAGCAGGGCUUCCCUGCAGAGAGAGUUUGGGUUGGAUGUCUGUCUGUCUGCUGGAGCGUCUAUGAUGGCAGCCGGAGUCCUGAGGACGAGCUCUGAAGCUGUUCACUCCCUGUUCUAGGUAGAUGGGUAGGCUUGGUGGGGUCGUCCUUAAGUUGUCUUUUCUUGUUACAACGACUCCUUUGAGGGUGCACUGGAGCUCAGAGAUAGUGUCCUGAUUCUGUGAACUUCAUUCUGCGUGGCUGUAAAUUCCACACCCGCCAUAUGUGUCACUGUCUCAGCCGAUGGCACCGCCCAGUCCGAGGAACGGCACCCCCAACAGCAGCAUCGGGGGCAAUGGCCAUGACCAGCUGAGCAAGACCAACCUGUAUAUUCGAGGGCUGCAGCCGGGCACGACGGACCAGGACCUCGUCAAGCUCUGUCAGCCAUAUGGCAAGAUUGUCUCCACCAAGGCCAUACUGGACAAGACCACAAACAAGUGCAAAGGCUAUGGCUUUGUGGACUUCGACAGUCCCUCAGCAGCGCAGAAGGCUGUGACCGCGCUGAAAGCCAGCGGUGUGCAGGCGCAGAUGGCUAAGCAACAGGAGCAGGACCCUACAAAUCUAUACAUCUCCAACCUCCCCCUGUCGAUGGAUGAGCAAGAACUGGAGGGGAUGCUGAAGCCGUUUGGCCAGGUUAUCUCCACCCGGAUCCUUCGAGACACUAGUGGGGCCAGCAGAGGGGUCGGCUUUGCCAGGAUGGAGUCCACAGAGAAGUGUGAAGCCAUCAUCACCCACUUCAAUGGGAAGUAUCUUAAGACGCCCCCUGGAGUGGCAGCACCGUCUGACCCCUUGCUUUGCAAGUUUGCCGAUGGCGGGCCAAAGAAACGACAGCACCAAGGAAAAUUUGUGCAGAACGGACGGGCCUGGCCAAGGAACGGGGACAUGGGUGGCAUGGCCGUGACGUAUGACCCCACGGCAGCUCUUCAGAAUGGGUUCUACCCAGCCCCUUACAGCCUCGCCCACAGCAGGAUGCUCGCUCAGUCUGCGCUCUCCCCUUAUCUUCCAUCUCCCGUGUCUUCCUACCAGAGAGUGACUCAGACAUCUCUACAAGUACCUAACCCAUCCUGGAUGCAACACCAGUCGUACCUCAUGCAGCCUUCAGGCUCACUUCUUACCCCAGGGAUGGACCACCCUCUCUCUCUCCAGCCUGCCUCCAUGAUGGGACCUCUUACUCAGCAAUUGGGUCACCUGUCACUCAGCAGCCUGGGCCCGCUCCUGCCAACGGCCGCUAUGCAGGGAGCUUACAUCCCCCAGUACCCUCCCGUGCCCUCUUCCAGUGUGUCUGUGGAGGAGAGCAGCGGUCAGCAGAAUCAAGUGGCCGUGGAGACACCCUCAGACCAUGGGGUCUAUCCUUUCCAGUUCAGCAAGUAAUGAGGCCCGGGCCUGAGAACAGAAGUCUGUGCGUGCCUGCCUUGGGCCGUUUUCCCAUCGAUGGAGCCGGGGAACCGUUGUUGCUUUCCGUAUGUGCCACAUCCAAGAUCAGAAAACCUUACACUGGUUGAGCCGCUUCUCAUCUUCACAGAAAGUUGGGGUUUGUUGGAAAUACUUAGGAAGGCUUUUAAAAUGAUUUCUUUAAAAAAAAAAAAAAAGUGCUGGGAAAUCGAUGAAGGAGUCCUGCUUGCCAAGUUUAGUUAUGGACUAUUUUUGAUGUAUGUGUUUUAAAUAUACAGAUUUGAAGUUU